AUGCCCUUCACAACACCCCCACCAAACCCGCAGCACGCAACCCUCUCCUUCCCAUCCCCGCACAUCCUCCUCGUAACCCUCAACCGCCCCCGCGAUCUAAACUGCAUCAACACAACAGGCCACCAAGAACUCAAUUCCAUCUGGCAUUGGCUGGAUGACGAGCCGUCGCUGCGCGUGGGGAUCCUCACCGGAACUGGGAGGGCGUUUUGCGCCGGCGCAGAUCUAAAAGAUGAAGAUGAAGAUGAGGAUGAGGAUGAGGAUAUUGAUGCUAAUGAAUGGAACACCCAAGCUCAGUCGAACAGCACCCGGAAACCCAUGCCGGAGGGCGGCUUCGGCGGCUUAUCAAGGCGCAGCGGCAAGAAACCCGUCAUCUGCGCCGUCAACGGGCUGUGCCUCGGCGGUGGAUGUGAGAUGGUCGUCAACGCGGACCUGGUCGUGGCCUGUCGGCAGGCGUUCUUCGGGCUGCCUGAGGUGCAGCGCGGGGUUGUUGCCAUCGCGGGGGCGUUGCCGCGGGUGGUUCGUACGGUGGGCCGGCAGCGGGCGAUGGAGAUGGCCUUGACGGGGCGGAGAGUCUCGGCGGACGAAGCGAAAGAGUGGGGGUUUGUCAAUGAGGUGGUGGACGAGGCGAACCAGGUAGUGAAACGGGCCAUCGAGAUCGCGGAGCUGAUUGCGGCCAACAGUCCCGAUGCCGUGGUGGUGAGUCGGGAAGGCAUCAAGUUGGGUUGGGAGGGAGUCGGCGCAGAAGAUGGCAGCCGGUUGCUCGUCGAUACCUGGUCAAAGAGGCUGUAUGAGGGGGAAAACAUCAAGGAGGGUCUACGCGCGUUUGUCGAAAAGAGGAAGCCCAAGUGGGUGGAUAGCAAGUUGUAA